ACCAAUCAACUGUUUUGAAAUGGGAGAGGGCAAUGGUGAGAUAGUCAUAUUGGCCGCCAGCGGACGAAGAAGAUAGGAGUCAGUCGUGAGAAACUCAUCGGUUCGGGAUGGCCUGGUCGGAUUGGUCGGGCGUUCAGGUGCUGUCAUCCUGCUUCCUCCUCUGGGUCGUGCCUUUCGCCGCUUUCCUGACGGCCGUCGAAGCCACCGGCUACCUGGUGCUGACGGUCCUCGUCUUCGGACCCCUCUGCAGCUAUCUGGGCAUCGCCUAUUGCAGCGUACCGCAGCCUCCGGAUUCGGUGGUCAGGGAGAUCCUGGGAGAGCAGGUGCAGAGCAGGUCGCCGCGGUACCUGCCCUGCGGUGGGUCGGGCAAGCAGGACGCGGGACCGUCGACCAAGGACGUCAACAGGGUCAUCGCCAUCGCCCACCGGUUUGCAGGGAUCGACGCUCCUGAAAAUACAACCACAGCCCUUGAUCAGUGUAUUAAAAACGGGGCUAAAGCUGUCGAGUUCGAUGUAGUUCUGACCGGCGACAUGGUGCCUGUCGUGUUCCACGACCCGAAGCUUCAACGCAUGACAGGCCUCACAGAGGACAUAAGGAAGCUGCCGUAUGCUCACGUGAAGGAGCUCAACGUAUCCGUCUACCACCACUUCCGUGAGCAGUUUCCGAACACUUUCAUUCCUACACUCAAUGACGUGAUCAAAAAAUGCAUUGACAACGAUAUGCGUAUGAUCAUCGACAUCAAGGAAGACCGUUUUGAGAUUGUUGAUAUUAUUCUCCAGUUAUUCUCCAAGUACCCAGUUUUGUAUAAACGUGCCGUUGUCAGUUCGUUCAACCCUUGGAUUAUUUUUAAUAUAAGAAAAACAAACCCGGAUAUAGUCGGCGCACUGGCUUGGCGCCCGGCGUAUAUGUCCUGCAGUGAAUACUCCCCCAUAGAUGAGAAUUGCAAGGUGCACCACAACACUUUAUUUAUGUAUUUCAUGAGCCGUCUCGCCGAUAUGGCCCACUCGUUCUUCUUCUUCAACUUCGCUCACAGCAUACUUGGCCUAUCUGCUGUGCUCAUUUACAAGGACAAUAUAACGAUAGAUAUGAUUUAUUAUUGGAGUAAGAAGAAUGUUAGGACGAUCGCCUGGACGGUCAAUUCUCCGUUGGAAAAGCAGUACAUGGUCAGGGAGCUCGGCAUUCCUUACGUGACUGACACUAUGCUCGGAAACGCCGAUCAAUAAGACUCCAAAAUAUAUGCACAAAAUUAUUUUUAAGUACAUAUAAAAAAAAUAUUAACAACCAGAAAAAAGGGUUAUUUUCUUAGUUUGCGCUUUGUACGGGGCUAGAGAUGCACGGUUUUUUUAUACUCUCAGAAUAUGAUCUCACCUCCACUUCCUGCACUGGCAGGCAUUUUGUACCUGAAAUUGAUUACUUUCAUAACAAAAUUAAUUAAUAUAUAAUUAAUUUUAAAAAAUAUUAAAUAAAACGGGUACAUUCCAACUUUGAAAUAUUGCUAUGCUUCUUUGCAUUUACGAGUCCAAAAUAUGUAUAAUUUACAAAAAGACAAUAACAUGUUCAUCAUUGUAUACAGAAAAAAUAAGCCUUUUUGUAUAAAAUAAAGGGAUAUUUCAACAGUUCUUAUACCGUAAGUUAUAUUUCUAGAAAAAAAAAUCAUAAAAAAAUAUUAUACAUGUUUUGUACACAGAUAGAGCAGAAAACUUAUGUAGUGAUAUGUUUGAAAAUAUUGAACCCACCAAAAUUCCUGUACCAAAGAUGCUAACACAUUAACAAAAAUUGUGAUCAGUAUUAUUAUGUUUGUGAAGAAUGCUAAGUGCCAUAUAUUUUCCCCCAGCUAUGAUUUAUGAUUAGCGAUAUUCUAAUUUUACGAGGGAGAUUAAGAAGGAAAUAAAUUUAUCAAUACAA